ACGAAGAAGAAGAAGUUCUCUCUCCUCUCUCUCUCCUGUUCAUCAUCAUCAUCAUCUUCAAAUCUCCAUGGCAGAUCUCCACCACUUACUUCCAUUCCAAAAUCUCACCAAACGAGACAAAAACCACACCAAAUCCCUAAAAUCAAAACCCGACGAUUCCAUCGGAUCUCUCCGUUCCUUCCCCAAAUUCCCAAUCUACCUAAUCCUCUUCAUCUCCGCUUCCUACAUCAUCUACACUCUCAAGCUCCUCUCCUCUUCCUCCUCCCUCCAUCCCUGCGAAACCGAUCUCCCUUUCCACCAUAACCGUCUCUCUCUCCCUCCUCCCCAAACUCAAACCAAAACAAACAUCUCACACAUCGUAUUCGGAAUCGCCGCAUCAUCAAAACUCUGGAAAAAACGAAAAGAAUACAUCAAACUCUGGUUCAAACCAGAGAACAACAUGCAAGGCAAUGUAUGGAUCGACAAAAAAGUUCAGAUCCAAAUCAACGAAAAUCUCCCACCGGUACGUAUUUCGUCAAACACAUCUAACUUCCCUUACACAAACAAACAAGGAGAUCGUUCCGCGAUUCGCAUAUCGCGAAUCGUAUCGGAAACCGUCCGGAUCGGGUUGAAAAAGGAAAUCCGUUGGAUUGUAAUGGGAGAUGAUGAUACUGUAUUUGUGAUUGAGAAUCUGAUUAGAGUAUUAUCAAAGUAUGAUCAUAAUGAAUACUAUUAUAUUGGAAGUUCGUCGGAAAGUCAUUUGCAGAAUAUUUUCUUUUCUUAUGCGAUGGCUUAUGGCGGCGGGGGUUUUGCGAUUAGUUAUCCAUUGGCGAUUGCGUUGGAGAAGAUUCAAGAUGAAUGUAUUGAAAGGUAUCCGGAUUUAUAUGGGUCGGAUGAUCGGAUUCAAGCUUGUAUGGCGGAACUCGGUGUUUCGUUAACUAAAGAAGUCGGGUUUCAUCAGUAUGACGUGUAUGGAAACUUAUUGGGCUUGCUGGCAGCUCAUCCAGUAACCCCAUUCGUGUCUUUGCACCACCUAGAUGUGGUCGAGCCAAUUUUCCCAAACAUGACUCGGCUCGAGGCGUUACAACACCUUCAACUGCCAAUGAAGAUCGAUUCGGCCGGUUUAAUGCAACAAUCGAUUUGUUACGACCCCGAGAAGAAGUGGACCGUGUCGGUUUCAUGGGGGUUUGUGGUGCAAGUUUUUCGUGGCAUUUUACCUGCCCGAGAAAUUGAAAUGCCAUCGAGAACAUUUUUGAAUUGGUAUAGAAGAGCUGAUUAUACGGCUUAUGCGUUUAACACUAGACCGGUUGCUAGGAAUCCUUGUCAAAAAUCGUUUGUUUUUUACAUGUCGGAUACGAGAUUGUCCAUGAAUCGAACUGUUAGUAAAUAUAACCUUCAUCGUGUAACACGUCCUGAAUGCAAGUGGAAAAUGGCGGAUCCGGGUGAACUCGAUGAAAUCAUAGUUCAUAAGAAAACCGAUCCACACAUGUGGGAUAGGUCGCCAAGGAGAAAUUGUUGUAGGAUCAUGAAAUCAACGGCGAAAAGAUUGAAACUUGAUGUAGGUGUAUGUCGAGAAGGCGAGAUCGUCCAUAUAUAACCGUGAAAAUGCAACAAUUUAGCAUGCGGUUUCGGGAAUUAUGGAUGUCGGUAUAGUUCUUGGUCUCGGGAAUUAUGGAUGUAGGUAUAGUUCCUGCUGGCCUUGUGAAUUUUGGAUGUAAAGUAUGUAAUUUUGGUAGGGUAUUAUUUAUUGUUUUACGGGAAUAUGUCUAGAACAUAAUAUUUGUAUUAAUUGUUUCGUAAAUUUAAAUCAAUUAUAAUUGUUACA